AUUUGCCUAUUGUGGGAAAAGCACAGAUUGUAGAUCACAGCUGAAUAUUCAUGAGAGGAUCCACACUGGAGAAAAGCCAUAUCAAUGCACCGAAUGCAGCAAAAGCUUUGGUCUGAAAAGUUGCCUUCUGAUAAUACACCAGAGGACUCAUACUGUGGAGAAACCUAUUGAGUGUCCAGUAUGUGGGGAAAGUUUCAGUAAGAAUUCCAACCUGGUGAGCCACCAGAGGACUCACACAGGCGAAAAACCCUUUGAAUGUCCUGACUGGGGGAAAAGUUUCAGUCAUAAUAUGAGCCUGGUGAAACACCAGAGAACUCACAUAGGAAAAAAGCCAUUUGAAUGUCCUAUCUGUGGGAAAAGUUUCAGUCGUAAUUCCAGCCUGGUGAUACACCAGAGGACUCACACAGGAGAGAAACCAUAUCAGUGUCCAGACUGUGGGAAAAGUUUUAGUUGUAAUUCUGUCCUGGUGAAACACCAGAGGACUCACACAGGAGAAAAACCCUUUGAAUGUCCUGACUGUGGGAAAAGGUUCAGUCAUAAUUCCAGCCUGAUGAGCCACCAGACGACUCACUCAGGAGAGGAACACUUUGAAUGUCGUGACUGUGCAAAAAGGUUCAGUCAUAAUAACAGCCUAGUGAAACAUCAGAGGACUCACACAGGAGAAAAGCCAUUUGAAUGUCCUGUCUGUGGGAAAAGUUUCAGUCACUAUUUCAGCCUGGUGAUACACCAGAGGAGUCACACAGGAGAGAAACCAUAUCAGUGUCCAGACUGUGAGAAAAGUUUCAGUUGUAAUUCUGUCCUGGCAAAACACCAGAAGACUCACACAGGAGAAAAACCCUUUGAAUGUCCUGACUGUGGGAAAAGUUUUAGUCGUAAUUCUAGCCUGAUGAUACACCAGAGGACUCACACAGGAGAGAAACCCUUUGAAUGUACAGAUUGUGGGAAAAGUUUCAGUCAAAAUUCCAACCUGGUGAGCCACCAGAGGACACACACAGGAGAGAAACCCUUUGAAUGUCCUAUCUGUGGGAAAAGUUUCAGUCAGAAUUCCCACAUGAUGAACCACCAGAGGACUCACACAGGAGAGAAACCCUUUGAAUGUCCUGUCUGUGGGAAAAGUUUCAGCUACAAUUUUGACCUGGUGAGCCACCAGAGGACACAUACAGGAGAGAAACCCUUUCAAUGUCCGGACUGUGGGAAACGUUUCAGUCACAAUAAGAGCGUCAUGAAACACCGGAGGACUCACACAAGAGACAAACCGUAUCAGUGUCCAAACUGUAAGAAAAGUUUCACUUGUAAUUCUGACCUGAUUAAACACCAGAGGACUCACACAGGAGAAAAACCCUUUGAAUGUCCUGACUGUGGGAAAAAUUUCAGUCGUAAUUCCAGCUUGAUGAUACACCAGAGGACUCACACAGGAGAAAAACCCUUUGAAUGUCCAGAAUGUGGGAAAUGUUUCAGUAAGAAUUCCAACCUGGUGAACCACCAGAGGACUCACACAGGGGAGAAACCCUUUGAAUGUCCUGAUUGUGGAAAAAGAUUCAGUCAAAAUUCCAGCCUAGUGAGCCACCAGAGGACACACACUGGAGAGAAACCCUUUGAAUGUCCUGUCUGUGAGAAAAGUUUCAAUCAGAAUUCCCACAUGAUGAGCCACCAGAGGACUCACACAGGAGAGAAACCCUUUGAAUGUCCUGUCUGUGGGAAAAGUUUCAGUGAGAAUUCCAGCUUGGUGAACCACCAGAGGACUCACACAGGAGAGAAACCGUAUCAGUGUCCGGAUUGCGGGAAAUGUUUCAGUCGGAAUUCCAACCUGGUGAUACACCAGAGGACUCACACAGGAGAGAAACCCUUUGAAUGUCCUGUCUGUGGGAAAAGUUUUAGUGAAAAUUCCAUCCUGGUGAACCACCAGAGGACUCACACAGGAGAGAAACCAUAUCAGUGUCUGGAUUGUGGGAAACAUUUCAGUCAGAAUUCCAACCUGGUGAUACACCGGAGGAUUCACACAGGGGAGAAACCUUUCAGAUGUCCAUUUUGUGGACGUUACUUCACACAUAAAUCAUCCCUUAUUGCACACAAGGAAGUCCAUAUGAGGCAAAAGUAGUUGAGUUUAUAGAAGGCUUGAAUUUAAUUUGUGAUAUCUCAAUGAAUGUGUAGGUCAGGAAUUGAUUAUUUGAAUCGGGCUGAUUCUAGUGAAACAUGUCUCAGGAUUAGACUUGUAAAUGGAGA